UCCUGUGUUCCUGUGUUCUUCUGCUGGUGUGUGUUGGAGCUGUUCUGUGUGAUAUGAAGAAGAUUGUGGGUUCAGGUCAGGAGAACAUCACACACAUCGUGUCUAAAGAAACAUCUGAGCUGGAUAAAGCGCUCAGUUUAACGGAACACACAGAAACCCAGAGUUUAUCACCCGGUUCAGAUCAGCCACAGAGCUCCGGGUUCACCGCAGCCAGGACUGAAGCAACCGAGGCAUCAGCGUUCACCACAGCUGCACCAGAAACACCUGGAACAUCUGGAUUCAUCACAGCAAGCCCAAAAUCAGAGCGGAUCAGUGUCUCCUCUCUGCCCUUACCCCUGUCUGGUUCAUUACCCCAAACUCUCAAUCAAGUCUCGGCGGUGUGUCCGUGUAACGUACAGAGAGAAGAGUGUGAUAUCAACUGCUGCUGUGAUCCAGACUGUACUCAGGAGGUGGCUCUCUUCACCCACUGCUCAGUACAGAAAGUCACUGGCGACCCUAAACUGUGCAGCCAGGAUGCAGCCGUCUACACACUCACCCAAACCGCAGACGGGUUAUCCCAAGUGUGGACGUCUGUCCAGCCCGAGACCAACCCUGACCUCCUCUGUGUCCAGUCUGCUAACUAUAAUAAAGGAAUGUCUUUUGACACUCCAACAAUCCCCACCGAGGCGAAUUUCGACAGUCUCUUCAGUCAGUAUGUGGGAUUCUUCUUCGGCUCAUCGAGUGGGGAUGACGGCGCACAAUCUCCGGUACAGGGAAAUUCCUCAGGAUACUCGUAUGGAGACCUCAUCUGGACGAGGGCUGAAGAUGAUCAGGUUGCUUUCUUCAAGCUUCCAGCAUCGGCUGGGACGGCAAACUGCUUAGAUACAAACCCUGCAGCAUUUCUGAAGGAUCAGACGAGCGGAUGUACGAGGAGCUUCACGCCGCAGGACUGUACCACGUUAGAGGCGCUGAACCUCAGGACGUACACCAACAUCAGCGUUUUCUCCGUAAGGGACAGUAAUGCUGAGCUGGUAUCUGUAUCAGUAGAACAGGUUACACUGCAGUCUCUGGAGGGAGCACACACACUGUUGGAGAAGGACGUCGCAGCUUCUGAUUACCAGCCUGUGUUCCCGGAAGCUGGUGAGAUAUGUAACCAGGUGGUGCUGCAGGUGAAGUACACGGUGAGAUUUGGUGACGCCGGUCAGAUUCUGAAAGUCUCGGCGUCUGUGGUUCUCGGUGCGGUGGAUAAAAACACGACGCCGAUAGAGCAGAAGUUUCAGAUACAGUUUGUUCAGGAGACGAAAAGCGACGCCACUGUCCGCUCCAGUGGGAACCCUGGUUAUGUGGUUGGGCUCCCUCUUGUGGCAGGAUGGAGAACUGCAGAAGGGAUUAUUCAGAGCGCUGAUCCAGGCGGAUCUCUCAGUGUGCUGAAGAGUUCUGCAGAUCAGGAUUGUCUGUCCGGGUCGACCCAGCGCUCGCCUGUGCUGUUCGGAAGAGACGUGGUGUCAGGAUGCACCUUCAGGCUGGAGGACGGAGCGAACUGUUCACUGAUCACCGAGGCUGUUUUAGCGAGACUGAAAGGCCAAAGUUUUCCUGAUCAUGUGGCUUCGUUUGGAAAUUCUCUUCCUCAAAACCCCAUGGACUGGGUUCCUAUAGAGAAUCAAACCACAACCACGAGCACACAGGAUUGCAGCAUUCCAGUAUUUUAUCACCUUAAUGUAAGAUGGACCAAGUACGGUACCUUGGUGAAUCCCCAAGCCCAGAUAGUGAGUGUAAUGGAAACGAUCCAGUACAACACCAGCUCCUUGCCGUCUGUCUCCACCGGUGGAGGCGUCGUCUCCGUCACCAGUUCUGUAAGCUUCACCGAUGUCUCCGACUCAGCCAGUCCAGGAUUCAGAGCUCCUCCAAGCAUCGACGCCAAGCUUCCGUUUGACUUCUUCUUCCCGUUUGUUUGAACCGUGUUGGUGAUGCGAAUCAUUCAUCGUUCUGUUCAUACUUCACGUCUCACCUGAGGUGUUCAUCAUAUUACCGAGUUAUAUAUAUAGUUUCUCGAUUUCUGGUUGCAACUCUGCAGGCGUCCACCUAGCCCUGCUCCUUGAACUUCAGAACCUUUCAGGAUGUGACACAGUGCCUGCAGCAGCUUGGGGAAGAUCCUUCUUUCCAGUGUGUAAAAGGUGUAUGAACACCUUUAGGAUAAAAUUAAAUUUUGACGGGGCUCCGGUCAUUCUAGAACUCGCAAGUUCAAAUGUCAGCAGAGCCACCAACCUGGCCAGGCAUCCACACAAACAGUCAGCCAUGUUUGAGGAAGGGAAGGUCGGUAAGUGGCUCUUUGUGUGGGAGCAAAACUCAGGUGAAAAGAAGUGGCCCCAGUUUGGACAUGUGCUCCAGCUCUCCUUGAUCUGAUAUGAGACUAAGUGGGAGCAGAUUUACAAUGGGGAAUUGGAUAUGACUAGAUUUGGAGAUAAAUGAAGAGGGGAAAAGGCCUUCUCGUCCAACAUUCUCGUCUGUUGUUGAAAUUGGUACAGAUUUCUUACAGAUACUCUCCAAAACAGUGUGGUAAGCAUUUACAGGAUAGAGGAGGCUGGUACAGGUGAAUAGUUCCACAUUUAUGGCCAUGGUUUUGAAGUCCAGACACUGGAAGAUGUUCCAAAAGUGGAAUUAUAUUAUAUAUAUUUUGGAAAUGAACCAUUUGAGUUCAUCGAGGCUCAGAUUAAAUGCUGUGCUGUUCAAGACGACAUUUCUUUGAUUCAGUUAAAAAAGGAAGAAGACCUUUGCACUGUAUGUUUUUUUUUUUUUCCUUUGUCUUGUCUACUUCUAACUCGCUGUUCAUUUAGGUUUUAGAUUUUACAUAGUUAACCCUCACUUAGUAUCUACCACAUGCAUUUCAUGUGUUUAUUUAUUGACCUGCGUUGCAUUUAGAAUCGAUGUUGCCAUUGUGAAUAAUUCUUUAUUCUGUACAGUGAACGUCCUGAAGUCUGUAUUUUUAACAGGGUUUAGGUUUCAGUGUGAACUGUACCCUUGUUUCAUUUACAUAACUGAAUAGGUAGGUGUUUACGUUUCUAUUAGCUUUGUUAGUUGAUGUGUAUUUACUGCACUCAGGUUCUGCACUCAGGUUUUGUCAUCUUUUUAUUCUUUAUACAGAUUAUUUUCAAUAAAAAAUAUAUAAUAUA